AUGUCAACCAGUACUACUACUCUUGGCCUUGCAGAACUUGUUGAAAAAACGAUAUCGAAAGACAGUGAUCGCUACAAAGUAAAGACAAAAAUCAGAAGUGCUUUGCAAGAAUUGAAUUUCAACAAGAAAAGAUUAAAGCUACAAGUUUCUGAUCCUUCGUACAAACUGCGAUAUCAAUAUGCCCUCGAAUUUUGGAGAGAAAAAACAGGAAACGAAAAAAUUGCAAUGGCUCUGGCUCAUGACCUGAUUGAUGAGCUGAAGGAAAAACUAAACAGUAAAGACCAUAUAUAUCCUGAAGCCGAGGAGAACAAUGAAAUUUUGGAUGGAUUUUUUUCGCAAGAAACCCCGACCAAAGGCAAACAUACAAAAAAGCAGAGCUCAGUAGACGAGAAGCCGGCCGUUAACUAUGUCACUACCAAAUGUGAAAAUAAAUUUUAUGUAAAAUCUACGAAUAUAUGCGAGGCGGAGAUAGGAAUAAAUACGAAAGAAUUUCUGAAGUGUAUCCACAAGCUUAUUUGUCCUGGAGACGAAGUUAACUUAGUCAUUCCUUCUGGUUGUUUUGGAGACAAGUGGAGCGUUCAAAUAACAAAGUAUGUAAUAUUUGUUAUACCAUACAAUAUACAUGUUAUAGAUACAUGUUAUACCAUACAUGUAUCUAUAUCCACUGUAAUAUGAAAUACAAUAUAAUAUAUACAUUGAAGGCACUAGCUCUCCUGCACUGUAAAUUCCUCAAUCCAUGUACUAGGUACAUUAUGGCAUGUUAAAUGAAGUCCUAUUUUGUCAUUUUGGUCAAUCAAACAUAUUGGGCAAUAAUGGGUUAAUUAUAAUCAAUAUCAUCCAAUGAGAAGUACUAGCACUGGAGGAAUUUAAGUUGUAUUCAGAUAAGGACAUAAAACAGCCAAAUUUGAAUGUUAUUCAACCAGUCUGGAAAGUUAACUUUUUGCAUGCCGGACAUCGAUUCAGGCUCAUGCAACUGUACGCCAAUUUUGGAAAUAUAAAAUUUAAUGCGCAAAAAUUCCAAAUACACCUUUUUAGUAUAAACCUAUAUGGUUCAUAUUUGUUGAAUUUGAACAAUUACUAGUCUAUGCAUGUAAACAAAUGUACGCCAUUAUAAAUGUAUGUCAAAGUUUGUGUUUGUACACUGGACAAGUCCGGUGUACGCACUUUACAUUCCAGCUAGUCUGGUUAUUCAGAAAGUUAUAAUUAAAAAAAGUUCCAGCAAGUUGUUCAAAGCAUUGGUUAAAUUUUGGGAACCUCAGGAAAUAAACAUCUAUUGAUGCAUACAUGAUUUAUGGGAAAUAUUUUCAAGCUUAUAAACAAGCUUUUGGGAAAUUUGGCUUGAAGUUUUGCACCAAUCAAGGAUUUAGCUAUAAUUACAAGCUUUCGACAACCCACCCUGAAUAAUUUUAUGUUUCAAGGGUGAAUAUAUAAGUGUUACAUGUUUGACAACUAUAAUGAUAUCAGUUAGUUAUUAAUGGCCACGCUGGUUAUAUUAUCAAUAUGCCAAAUUGUCAAGGACAAACCAUUGGACCUUAAUUAAUGGUUAACCAGGUCCAUACAUGCCCCCAGGGGCAGCGCUAGCCCUAUUUGAAUGUGAUGUAAGUGAAAUUUUGCUAAGUCAUUUCCACUACUGCAUACCCAGCUAGCACAGUACGUAAACACAACGUUUUAAAUUGGUUGUGGUUUGGUUAGGUCCGACCUAACCUUCAAAUAACGUAAUUAGAACGUUGUUCGUACACGACACUAAUUAGAAUGAAUAUCCUGACGUGGAAACUACGUUCUCAUAACGUUAUAGAUUUACGGUUUCUACCAACGUCGAGAAAACGUUUUAAACACGUAUGGGUCCACAGGUCGGUACGUGGCAACUACGUUCUUAUUGCGUUACAGAUUUACGUUUUCCGCCAACGUCGAGAAAACGUUUUAAACACGUACGGGUCCACAGGUCGGUACGUGGCAACUACGUUCUUAUUGCGUUAUAGAUUUACGUUUUUCACCAACGUCGAGAAAACGUUUUGAACACGUAGCCAAACGUUUUGAAAAGGAUUACACUUUCAGAGCAAGGUACACGUGUAAUUACCGCUGUUCAUACAUCGACUGAGCCAAAUGUGCGUAAUUUAUUCUAUUCUCAAAUUGCAAUGUAUUUUAUUUGCGCACGUUGUUCCCUGAGCGUAUAGUUUUUUGAGGCAAAGUUUACAGAAGAAAUUAUUCGAUUUUCAUAUACACGUUCGAAGGUAUGUAUAUGUUCAACAGUAAAUAUAUCUCUUCUAAUGUAAUGUAUCUCUUCUUCGUGGAAUGUCCAUUCAAGGUUUUCUAACAUUUGAUUAUUUCCUCUCAUGUAGUCCUUCCGACAGUUUGUUGUUGACGUUCUUGCUUAAACCAGUAAAUUGUGUCAUACGAACGCGGAACGCCACGACUUUAUAG